UGACGCUAGUUCCGGGUCAGAAGCAAUGGCUGCGUGCGCGAGCUCCAUGAAUGCUGCGAAGUUGUUGCAGUUCAUCAGGUUUAUCGGGCAGCUGAAGAGAGUACCCCGAACAGGUUGGGUAUAUAGAAAUGUGAAAAAGCCAGAGAGUGUGUCAGACCAUAUGUAUCGGAUGGCUAUUAUGGCAUUCUUAAUUGAAGAUCAACAACUCAGCAAAGAAAGAUGCAUUAAAUUAGCCCUGGUUCAUGACAUGGCAGAGUGCAUUGUGGGGGACAUAGCACCAAAGGACAACAUUAGUAAAGAGGAAAAACAUAGAAGAGAAGAAGAGGCUAUGAAAUAUUUAACAGGACUCUUAAGCAAUGAGGCGGGAAGAGAGAUUCUGGAACUUUGGCAGGAAUAUGAAAACCAAUCAAGUAAUGAAGCCAAAUAUGUGAAAGAUCUAGAUCGACUUGAAAUGAUUGUACAAGCUUUUGAAUAUGAAGAGAUGGAAGAAAAGCCUGGCCACUUACAGGAAUUUUAUGAUUCAACAAAAGGAAAGUUUAAUCACCCUGAAAUCAUUCAGCUGGUGGCGACAUUGAACAAAGAAAGGGAUUUUGGCAAGAAAAAAGCCUGCGACAAAGAUCUUUCAGGGGAACAACCUACCUAGCUCAAAAAUCGCAGACUUCGUUCAGUACUCAGGUCAAUGUUUUUGUAAUUUUAUCAUUUAGAGUACGUGUUUCAACAACAAAAAUGGCGGGGGAAGGCAUCAACUCCAUUUCCUCCUGUCCUAACAAAACUGUAGGAAUUUUGUAAUAAUUUAUGUGCAGUUUAAUAUUUUGAUAGUAUAUUUAGAAAUAGUGGUACUAGCUGUAAAGUAAUUAAGACAAUAUCUGCAAUUAAUUCAUUUGAUCUUUUUAUUUAAGGCACCAAAUUGUCUUGAUCAUUUAGCUUGCCAAAUGAUAUACAGACCACAAAGUAGUGUUUCCAAUUAAUCUGUACUUACGCAUACACAAUGUUUUUAACAUUAAUCUUGGAAAGGAAUGUGCUGACUGAGCAAGCACCAAUUUUACAUUAACACAGAAUUAUUGCACAUGGUGGAUUUCAAUGGAAUGUGAUAUUUUUGCAAUAAAACAGGUUCUUGCUUACAUUUGUAUCCAUUUAACAAUAUAUUGUUCAUGAAGUCAAGACUGGGUAAUGAGACAUUAAGUCCACAAAACAGGCUUUGGUCAAAGAAGCUGGUGUGAAACAUUCUGUUGUAAAGUAACUAUAAAACUUAGACUGAAUACUUAAUAAAUAAAAUGUAGAACCCUG